UCUCGUGUUCGGUGUUUGUUCGCGCCGCAAACUAUCGCGGGCAUGUGCCACAGUGCGCGUUUUUCGUUUAAUGGUUCAUGGUGUUAAUAGUAGUACAGCUACCUGUGAGCACUAUACACCAUAGGUGUGAUAAUUUUAUAACUAACGGAUAAUAAUUACUGUCGUAAACGCCGGCUUGAUAAUAAAAUAUUUAGGUGGGCACACGAACACCACCGCAGUGAACGAAAUCAUCGUUAUGGAUAUACCGGGAAGCUCGUCGGAAAAAUUCUAAUGAAAGAAAAACUGCAGAUGCAAUAAUUACAGAAAAAUGAAGAAUGUAAUUUGGAUAUUUUUGAUCUACACUUUCAUACUAAAUAUAAACACAGUUACUUAUAGUAUUAAAAAUAAAGAAGAAUUAACUGUUAAUCUAAAAUUGUCUAACUCUUCAAUUCACGGAACAUCUGAUACCCAAACACUUGAUUCCGAUCAGACAAUUAACGAUAAUGAUGAUUUCGAACUUGAAGAUAAUAUUGACGAAGCUUCAUCUGAAAUAGUUGAAAGUCAAGUGCCAUUUCCUACAGACCAACCUUCUGAAAAUGAAUCAGAAGUCCUAGUAAGAAAGCCCCGACGUAAACGACGUCGUCGGCGCAAACGUCCAAGGACAUCAACACACACGUACGAGGAAGAUAUAAACCAUCCUGUAAUAUGGAAUCAAGAACCACUGGAAUCAGAUUAUGCAGAAGGAUAUGUUCGACGACGACCAAUAAAGAGACGAAGGCGACCAUUACAAAGGAGGCCAUUAAUCGAGGGGGAUGGCACCGCAGACGAAGAAAAUAUUUUACCACGAAGAAAACUUAUUCGCAGACCAGCUGAUUUUGGUAAUAAAACAAGUAUCGAAGAUGUGAAGCGAUGGGAACCAAUGACCUCAACCGAAGAAGGAAAAUGGAAAAAAGUUAAGACAAYAACAGAAACCACAAACACUGUUUCGUCAAUAACGCCUAAAUCUACUACUAUUGCAACUACAACAACCAGCACACCAAAAACGACUACGAUUUCACCGACAUCUUCAACACAUAAAUUUACAGAAGAUAAUACCAAAAUUAACCAUAGAGAUGGAUCAUUGAAAAAAUCAAAUUCAUCACGUGCCGACAUAAUAGUAUUGCAUAAAAGGCCGAUAAAUAGUAACUUGCCGCCAACGUCUGCAGUGAUACGACGUCGUUUGAAACCACAAAAUACGUCAUUGGAAGAAAUAACAACAAUUAAACCGAAAAUUACAGUGAUUAAAGAAGAACUACCUUUAUCGUUACUUCCCCCAGACUUCAAAAUGACAGAAAACGCACCUAAAGAACUUAAAGAAUCUAAUAAUAGCACGAACGAUUAUCAAAUUAACGAUGAAGCACUGACAAAAAUGAUGAAAGAGCAACCGAGCAAUGACAAUGACGAAUUCAAAUUCAAAUCUGAUAGUAUACCAAAGGUCAAAGACGAAAUAUUAAGUUUAUUAAAAACAAAAACUGGAUCAUCGUUAUUAUUAAAUGUAUUGAAUCUUAGAAACAUGUCUUUAGAAGAACUUUUACAACACAGAGAACGGGGAUCUAGUCAGCGCCAUCAAGAAUUAAUAAACACAAAAGAAGAAUCAAUUGACGCAAGUGCCGAUGAACCAAUAAUAACAGAAAAUACUAAAAAUUUCACUAACUAUUUAAUUGAAACAAAACGGUUAGCACAAGAGAACAAAGUUACAUUACAAACGAAAGAAAGAAAUGACUUAAAACAUUUUAAAGAUAACAAUAAAAAUAUUACAACCCAGACGUCAACGAAAUCUACAAAUUCAGAUGAAGAAAAUCAUAACAAUGAAUAUAAAAAUACGACUAAUGAACAAGUAUCGAAGAKGACACAAGAAGUACAAAUUGAUGAUAUUCAGUCGCCAAUUCAAAUUUCUAAGGAAAAAACGCAAGAUCACGAAAUCACAAACUUUUCUAAACCACCAGUAAACACUGAGCAUUUAAAUAUUUUGAAAGUUGAACAAGAAGCUGAAAUAGGUAAAAUCAAUUUGGAUACAAUUUUUGAAGAGAAAAAAGUAUUUAGUUUUCCGACAACGACUACCUAUACAACAGCAGUUAACCACCAAGAAAAUGAAGCAACUUCAUUUGUUUCAAAAACCCCAAAAACUCGAAUCGUUAUAGAAACAUCUGAAAGAGAACCACGUCUUUUUGAUAGCAUGCCAGAUUUCUCUAUAAAAACUACCCAAAGACCAUUAAUAACACCAACUAUUCCUUCGCAGGUAUUAUUCAUUCAAGAUACAAAUCAUUUAGACAAAUAUCAGAGUUAUUCAGAUAGAAAUAAAGACAUAGACGAGGAAAAUAAUUUGGAAUACCGUCGUUUUGAAAUGAGGAAAUUGCCAGUAGCCGUUAAAUCAGCCAUUAUAGCUAGUGCUGCAAUAUUGGCAAUAGCAGUUCUGGGCUUUUUUGUAUUGCUCAUAUCGUGUAGAAUGAGGCAAAAAAAACGGGUUUUAAGAAAAAAAUCUGUCUUUUGCCAACAUAAUAUACACCAUGACCCAGACCUUCGAUCUAGCGCCCGUAGUACAAGUCCUGUUAUGGAUAAACAUUGCCAAGAUCAAUACUAUGAGGGAUAUGGUGGACGCAUUGAUGACCACACAACAGCUAAUCGUCAAUAUUACCUGUGGAGAACACUAAGGAAAACAUUCCGUUAUGACUGAUCAAUGUUACAGUUGUUCAAUGUUUAUAUCUUGGGCAAAAUUUAAAUUAUUUUUUAUAUUGUUAAAUUUAUACUGCUAAAAUGAACACGCAAUU